GAGCCCCAAUAAAUAUCGGUGUGAGCGUCAUGGCGCGCUGGCCGCGCUGUCCUCACCGAGCAACAACAACCAUGUCAACGAGCUUUCGGAGGGCCCUCUUUUCGUCGCUUCCCAUCCCACGAACCCGAAUCGACGGCUGGAGGGUGCUUGUAACCGGUGCGAACACUGGUCUCGGCUUCGAAGCCGCAAAGCACUUUGCCCGUCAAGGGGCGUCGGUGAUUCUCGCCUGUCGCUCGCGUGACAAGGCUCUCAAUGCGAAGGCUCAGAUCGAUGCUCUCCUCGGACUCGCCCCGGGAACCAUUCAAGUUCUGAUAGUGGAUAUGGAGUCCUUUGAUUCUAUCCGCGAUUUCGCAUCUAGUGUUGGCCCCGUCGACGGGAUAGUGCUGAAUGCGGGUAUCGCGAGCGAGACUUGGAAUGUAGCGGGGGACGGGUGGGAACGGUCGUUGCAGGUGAACGUGCUGGGCACGGCGCUCUUGGCCAGGCUGCUUCUGCCCAGGGCUCUUGAACGGCGAAAGGAAGUAGCUGGAAGUGGAACCAUCCCAACUAUUACAAUUGUCUCGUCGCACAUGUACCAAUUCGCUGAUUUCAAGAGGUAUGUGAAGAUUGAGGGGAAUAUCAUAGAGGCAUUGAAUGAUGAGAACAUUUUUGGGACGGGGGAGAGGUACGCUAUUAUGUUCUUGGAUCCUGUUUUUGUGGUUUCUUGUGUACGAGUAGCAUCUUGUACUGCAGGUCUAUUAUACUGAUUAAAUCCAAAAGCGGUCAAAUGGCACCCAGACGGUAUCCUAUGACUAAACUCCUAGGCAUUUAUAUCGCCCGCGAAUUGGCGGCCCUCGUGCCGAAAGCAAGUGAUGGAAAUCCUAUGGUAAUAGUGAACUGUGUGAGCCGAUUUCGAACGCCUCCUGUGAUAUAUACCGACUCUGACUGAAUCCACGGAAGGCUACUCCUGGGUUCUGCCAUUCCGACCUGUUGCGCGAAUACAACCUCCCUCUCCUGGGCCUCUUCAAAACCCUGUUCGCGCGGAGCACAGAGACGGGAGCACGCACAUACUUUCACUCGAUCGUCGACGCUGGACCAAGCAGUCACGGCGAGUACAUUGAUGAUUGCAGAAUCAAGAGGUGAUUCACCGGCCGUUAAAAUUUAGGAGGCCCAGUCGAGCUGAUGGAAAGCGUUAGUUUGCCCAAAAAGCUCUUCAAGACCAAAAAAGCGAGAGAACUGCAGAGGAAGGUUUGGGAUGAUCUGAUGGAGAUAUUGGAGGAUGUCGCGCCCGAACUGAAGCUGGAAAAUGCGGGCUUUGGGAGUGUCAAGAUGUAGUGGAUUUGGCACUGUGUGGUACAUAUGAUACCUCGAUACUCUUGAUUCGAGAUGGCGUAGGGUUCUCGUGUGCUCUGCGCAUAUGCAUGUUUAAUUAAACCCUCUCUGAUAAUAUCCCUGCAGCGUCGGCGCGGUAUAUUUAAUUUGUUAUAUACCGGUGCUCAACAACUUCACCUAAGGUUCAGCUCUUGUCCAAUUUUAUCCACAAUAUAAGAUAUCAUACCCGU